AUGUAUUCGUUGGCAGUAAUGAUAGCUGUGAUUCAUUUUUGGAUAUCACUGUUGGUGAAUGGAACAAGUCAGAUUGCAGCAGCAGGUUUCCAUGCUUCUAAUGUUAAAAAAUCAGAUGGGUUAUACGACAUUAUGGCCGAUGAUGAUUCGUCUGUGCAAUGGUCUACAUACUACCGGAACGGCAUUAGCGGAAAUGAAACGAGCGAUUUUUUUCAUUUUCUUGUUCGCACUGAUUAUGAUCAUCGGAAAGAACCGGAAAAUGAUGACGGAGUUGUGUUUGCAGAAGCGGUUAUAAUUAAUGUAUCAAUUGUUGUUAGCAAUAUUCGAGCUGUUUCUGAAGUUACUAUGGACUAUGCUCUUGAAUUGUUUUAUCGUGAAUCAUGGCUGGACAAGAGAUUGCGUUAUCAGAAUCAUUUCAAAGAUCGGAAGAUAUCAUUACAUGAAAGUUAUAUCAACUUCUUAUGGCAUCCGGACACAUUCAUGCCAAAUGCGGUCGCUUCCAAGAAUCCGCAAAAACAUUCAAUUUCACAUCGUUCUUUGCUGAGGUUGAGUGAAGAUGGCACAGUCCUCUACAGUAGACGUAUUUCCAUCGUGGCCGAAUGUCCAAUGGACCUGACACUUUUCCCAUUCGACUCACAAUUAUGUAAACUUGGAAUCGAAAGUUAUGGAUAUACAGCAGAUCGUGUGAGAUAUUCCUGGUCCAAAGACGUCAAAGCGCCGCUACUGCUUCACAAAAUCCGGUUGCCGGAUUUCCAAAUCAAAGAAGCUUAUGUGACGAGCGUUAUUGAAAAUUAUGCUACAGGCAAUUAUAGCAGACUUUAUGUAUGUUUUGUGUUUGAUCGUUCAUCAGGAUUUUGUCUGAUCCAAUUGGUAGUCCCAUCUACGGCAGUUGUCAUCACCUCAUGGGUCUCAUUAUGGAUGGAAAGCGAGACUGAAUUUCAGGAUAUGGUUUCAAUUAUACUGGCAAUAACAUUUUUGAUAUUCUCAUACAAUGAGAUGAUGCCUCGUGUAAGCUAUAUCAAAGCCAUGGAUAUCUAUCUUGGUGUAUGCUUUAUGGCUGUGUUUUUAUCUUUGAUCAAGAUUGCUCUUGUAAAAUUUAUGCGGCAGAAGCUUAAUAAAGAAAGUAGAUUUAACUCAUACAGUAGUCGAGUAAACAAAAACGGAACAUUGAUUGAAAAUCGAUGCAGAAAGCGAUCCUCCAUGGUUGCAUCGAUGCUAGCAAAGGUUAAUAUGGCCACAAAUGAUACAUUUAAUGAGCCUGGCAUUGUUGUGGCAUCAUCGCGGACGACUUGUAUCGAUUUUGAUUUACCUUCUUUGCAGCAAAGAUCUUGUCGUUUGUCUAAUUCACAUACAUCAAUUUCAAUGAAUGAUCCAUGCGAAUUAGACCAUUAUUUGGAAAAACGACGACAGUUACGAUGUUUCACUUUAAAAUAUUUGUUGCAUAAUUGUCGAUUAUCAAAAAAGUCAAUACAGAUGUUCCAUUGGAUAACUCAGAUGAUCUUUCUGAUAGCAUUCAUGUCAUUUUGUCUAUUCUAUUUUCUGUUAUAUCCCAACAUGCAUGUCAAAAUGGAAGAUGUCGAAUGCGAUCGUACAAAAUCAGAAUGGUUCGCCGAAAUCACUUAA